GAAGCAGAAAAAAAGGACCCAAACCAAGAAGAUUUAGAAGAAGAAACCAAGAAAAAAUAGCCCAACUCCCUGGAAUAACAAGACUAAUAGCUGAACAACUUCAACAUGAAUUACAAAAAUUGGAUCCAACUUCAAUUAUGAUAAUUGCUUCCAAAGAAAUUAUUUAUAAAGCUUACUGA